AUGGAGCAGCAAGCAUGUGAUGAAGAAACCGCGCUGGACGUUAAUGCAGAUGAAUCUUUAAUUACAUUACUUAAACAGCAGGAGAGGAAAGAAAGGAGCCUUGAAAGUCAAGUGAAAGUCUAUGUGCUCAGACUGGAACAAGAGACAAAAGCUUACCAGAAAACCAACAAUGAGUGCUGUACAUGCCUUGCUGAGAUAUCCUAGAUCUCUGGCUCACAACAAGCUUCUAAAAGGCAACAGAUGGAUCAACUGCCUAGAAUGAAAGAAAAUCUAGUGAAAACACUACUAAUAUGCUCAGGCUCAGACCCACUAGAGGCAAAAAUAGAUCUCUUAUUGGUUGGAGAUGUCACUGUUGAGUACCUGGCUGAUAUUAUACAGAAAGUCUUUUCAACUACAGCAAAAGUCACCAUCACCAUGUGUGAUAUGAAGAAAGUGGCAGCACUUGGAGAUAUAGCUAUAUUUAACAUGAUUUUCCUGAAAAUGUCUUCCUCACCAACUGCUGAGGAGCUAGAAGCCAUCAAGCUAAUUAGAUUUGGCAGGACAAAAGAUACACAUUUGUUGAUUGUUUUUAUAGUCCCCGAAAAUUUUAAAGGUUGUAUUUCAGUACAUGGAGCUGAUAUUACUUUAACUGAGCCAUUGACAAUGGAAAAAAUGAGUAUUGUGCUAAAAUACUGGAAAACAUAUUUCUCAAAUACUGUUAAGAAUGAAAAUUGUAUGAAACCUGAAGAACAUGGAUUGCCCCUGCAGAAAUCCUGCAGUGAACACCUGGGGUAUUUUUCUACUGAUCUGUUUGCUUGCUCAGAAUAUCUAAGAAAUGACAUUGGGUUUGAAUUAAAGUCUCCAUUGUCAGAUUUUGAGAAAAACAAAAAGAGUUCUUUUCUUCAUUCAAGCAAGGAAAAGCUAAGAAGAGAACGAAUCAAAUACUGCUGUGAGCAGCUGCGUAUUCUAUUGCCAUAUGUAAAAGGGAGAAAGAAUGAUGUGGCUUCGAUUCUUGAGGCAACAGUGGAUUAUGUGAAGUAUGUUAGAGCGAAAAUCCCUCCAACCAUUAUGAGCCAGAUUACAGAAGCACUUCAGAGUAAUAGGAGGUUUUGUAAGAAACAGCAAAUACCCAUCCAGCUGUGACCCAGCACAAUCAUGGCACAGAGGAAAGUAGUGGAUGCCCCAGGAACAGGAGAAAUUGUUGGUCAGUCCAACUAUGCUUCAGAGAGUGCUAUUGGUGAUAUGUAUAAAACUCGAAUUUCCAGCACAUCUCUCUCUGUCAAUUCUUUGCCCACUGUCAGAUACUAUUCUAAAGUCAUCUCUUCCUAUGAUGCAGCUGCUGUAACAAAUCAGAACAUCUCUGUUCAUUUUCCAUCUGCCAUGCCCAAAGUCUCAAAAUUUCUUCCUCAGCACUGUACUUCUGUCUGGGGCCAGACAUGCACAGCACAGCCCAAGUGUCUGCCACAGUUUUGGGCAUAUUGA